AUGCCGGGCGGCGGCGGCGAGGGGCUGUACUGCCUGGAGCUGCUGGUGGCGGCCGUGCGGGUGGCGGCGCCGGGCCCCGCGCUGCGCCCGGCCGUGGCGCUGCGCUUCCUCGACUUCCCCCCGCUCCUGCUGCUCCCGGCCGCCUCCUCCUCGCCGCUGCUCUCGGGCCGGCCCUUUCCCUUCGGCCGCGGCAAACGCUGCCUCUUCCGCUGGCGCCGGGGCUCGCUGCGCUCCGCGCUCCGCCGCCAGCCGCUGCGCGUCCUGCUCGUGGCGCUGCCCGCCGGGCCCGGCCCGCAGCCCGCCCGCCUGCUCGGCGCCUGCCGCCUCUCGCUCGCCCCCGCCGCCGCCCGGCUGCUGCGGUGCCCCGGGCCGCCCGCCUCGUGGGGCCGCCGCGGCCGCUUCCCGCUGCGGGACGCCGCCGGCCGCCCCGUCGGGGAGGUGGCGCUGGGCGUCCGCCUCAGCAGGCUGCGGGACGGCGGGGAGCGGGGCCCCGCCAGCCCCCGCGCUGCCUCGCCGCACGCCUCCUCCUCCCCUGAGGAGGAAGACGAGGAGGAGGAGGAAGGGGGCAACAUCAUCUGCCCUCCCGUGCUCUACUACCGCUGCGAGCCGGCCCAGCCGCGUCCCCCACCAGCAGCAGCAGCGGGUCAAGAGGAGCGUGUCGUGGUGCACAGCCCGCAGGGGCACGACGAGGCCCAGAGCCCCCCGCGGCCCAGCGCUGGGCCCUCGCUGCUGCACCCCCAGCAGCCCCACGCCACCCUGGGGCAGCUGCCGCUGCUCAGCGCCUUGCUGGCAGAACUGUCGCUAAUCACCGGCCAUGCCGCACCCGCUGCCGUCCACCCGCAUCUGGCCUCGCUCUACCAGGCCCCAAGGAGCAGCGGCACGGACCUGCAGCCCCCUGGCUGCUCCUCUGUCCUCAAACCUGCGAAGGCACCUGCGAGGUCCCAUGGGAACAGCGGAGCUGCCAGCCCUCCCUUCAGGCAAGGCCUGCAGGAGGCCACCUCCCAGGAGUCUGCACAGGCUGUGAGAAGACCUAAGAAAGCUGCACCCCAGGGAGAGACGGGAUCUGAAAGGAACUGCAAACCUAAGGAAAACAGACCUCCCAGAAGGAAACUGCUGUAUGGGCUGACAAAUACACUGAGGCUACGGCUGCAGCAGACCAACCCUGAUAAGCUGAUACUGCUUGAAAGGAGAGAGCAGUACAGAAGAAAGCAAAUGGAGAUGUUGAAGGAGAGAAGCCCUUCAUCCAAAAAAAAGCUGCUCAGAAAUGCUGGAGAAAAGCACAUAGUUCCUUACAAGCACUGUAGCAACGGAGACAGUUCAAAGCAGGAUGGUCAGUUUGAUGAAAUUGUCGAGACUCCAUUACAAAACUGUGCUCUCAAAGAGUACUUUUCCAGCACAGGAGAUGUUUCCCCUGACCUGCAGAAACAGGCUGUCGAAAGGCUGUUGAGGAAGAACGAGACUGCAAACAAAGAACAUACACGCAAAGUAACUGCAGCCCCCUUACUGGAAGAAACCGUAUUAAAGUCUGCUCACAAGGAAAGGGAAUUGAAAGUCCAGCUUCCAGCAGCUGUCCCAUCAGAUGCUAAUGCAAAGGGAAGUAAUGGUAAUGAGGAAGAAGUACACUUACUUCAUCAUAAAACCACGGAGCACGAUGAUGUUUCUGUUGUAAGUGAUCACAAACUAAGCCCCAGCACGAGUGUUGAAAAGAACUCUGAACUCAUAUACUCAGAUGACUUUGUUGUUAGUCCUGACAACACAGCUUAUUCAGAAGAUUUCACCAGUGCUGAGUGUACAGGCAGAGACUUGGAAGCUUUUGACAGCAGUCCUGAACCUCUCUGGCUUGAAAGCCCAAAGCGACCUUGGUCAGAUACAGAGCCAGAAUCUAUCAGGUCCAGAGUUUCAAAGGCAAGUCAAAGCGCUGAAAGUACAUCAGAUCUUCCAGUGCAGUCAGCUUCAUCCCCAGUCCACUCUUUGAAGAGAAACCGCAAGUUAAAAAACAGCAGAAGAACUAGGGGUGAAUCUGUUGAUGUACUUAAUGAUGUCUCCAUUCAGAGAAGGUUAUUCGAUGAAGAACAGGAAGCCCAACAGAUCAAUAAGGAUGAGAACAGAGUUGAUCAGGAUAUUAAACAAGCAUCUAUACCAAGAAGCAAACAAGUUAGCACUGAUACUGAUCAGAAUGUAGGAAAGGGGCAGACCUCCGUAGAACAAAGCCAGUCACUAACUCAAGUUAGCUCUUACUUGCCACCUGACUUGUCUGAUCUUGAACCUAGUGCCCUGGAAACCAGUUUGCCAGACACAGAUGGUGAUUUCUUGGGACAACUACAUGUUCCUAACCAAUACAAAGACAUCAGUGAACUUGUAAUAAACAAUCUUCCUGGAUAUACAAUGUAAUCACAAUUUGUCACUGCCUGGAUUAAAAUAUGGUAUUUAAACUAUUUGUAUAAAGUGUUACAUGUAGCUACAAGUAAUACAAGCUAAUUUAAGACCACAUCAUGCACAUUUAAUAUAUUGGUGAAUUUACUUACGAGUUUUUCAAAUAAACUACUAGA